AUGAAUCCGGACCCAUCGAAAUCGUGGUCGGUCUUCUUUCGUCCUGUUAAGAAAAAUCAAUGCUUCGACGUCGACAUCGGAUCGAUUCUGGAAGACUUCAAGCGCGACUAUGAAGAGAAAGCGAAGGUUAAUUUCACUGAAGCCGCGCUUGUCAUUCAAGGCGCUGUGCACACAGUUGGGUUGAAGAUCGACGCAAUUCAUCAAGAGGCGUUGGAUUUGGUUGAGUUCUUGGCCAGUGGCGGCGCCGAGAACGGCGAGGAGAACGAAGGAGCAGGCGGCGAAGCUGUGGCAAGGCGAAGGCGGCGCUUCAACGAGGCAGACGCGGAAUCCGAGUUCAUCAAAAAGUUCUUGGAGGAUGACGAUUAUAUGGGCGAAGACUUGCUUGAGAACGACGAGUCAAUCACGCUCAAGGACGACGAGUUCGAUCACGAGGACAAUCUCAAAGAAGAGGACUACCUCCCUGAGCGCGAUCACUUCUUCGGCGACCUUGUAGGCUCAGCGAGGGGCAAGGAGAUAACCGACAUCGACACUGGCGCUUACAUCUGCCAGCGAAACGAUGUCUGGAUCUACCGAGCGCCGUUUACCGACAAUGGCUACGUCUAUCCGCAAAGCAGAGAUCAGCAAAAGCGAUUCGGAGAACGUCAUCAAGAGCCAGGAGCGCACGAGUACAACGCAUUCUUGGACGAGAGUCUCAGAGAUCAGCGACAGGGAGCUAACGAUGGAGAUGCGAAUUUCGAUCAACAAAGCUUCCAGAACUUUGAGCCUGAUUUCGAUGCCGGUGGAGAUUUUGAGCCGCAAGAAAUUGUCAGCAAACAGGGAUCAGAGGCAGAGGAGGCGAAGGUUGUCGAAAGCCGACCCCCUGAAAAUUUAACCAUUGCUCCUGAAGCGACUUUGAAUUCUUCUCUUGCUCCAGAGAGAAGUACCGCCCGUCUUUCAAACGAUCAAAGGAAAUAUAAAUGGAAUUGGUUCGAGGAGAAGCCCGAUUUUGCGAAAAGAUACGCCGAAUUCAUGGGAUCGAAGGUUUCGCACAGAAUGUACGGCUACGAUGAAGAGAUGAAGCUUUCCUUCAACACAGAGCGAUGGAAGUUCGACAAUCAGAUCGACAAGCGCCCGUUGAAAAAGUACGAGUUCAACUGGCCAAUGAUGAAGCCAGAAAAGUACGUAAAAGUGAUCGACAGCUGGAAAAUGAAGUUGGAAGCGAAGAAGGUUGAAACUCUUCGACAGCAAAGCGACGCCAAAAUCGCCAAGCAGAAGAAAGAGUUCAACAAGACAAUGCGAGAGUACUGCGUGAUAAAGCCGCUGCCCAAGGGAAGAAAGACAAAGAACGAGAGACGAACGACGGAACAUGUGCAGCAGCUGAUUACCAACAACUUUGCUGCCGGAACAGACGUUGCCGAGAUCGAAGCCGAAGUGGAGCAGUUUGCGCCACAAGAAAUCGUCCACGAAUCAACUGGCAUUCAGCCUCCAGAGCAGUUUGAAGAAGCACCGCCUUGCUUUCCAGAGCCAGUUGAUGACAGAGACUCUGAUGAGACUCAGCUGGAGCAGCCUCACUUACAAACCACUGCGGCAAACGGCGAUGUCUAUAUUGGCGACCUGAAUAUGACUCGUCUAAAAGAAGUGGCCCUUGGAGGAGGCGGAGUCUUGAGAGGCCACCUGCCUGACACGGAGAUCGAGGCAAAUGUUCUCCAGUGGAAGCGAGCCAUCGCCCCGAAUAAGGGGUCCGACCCUAGCUCAAUGCUAAGCACUUCUUGUGUGGAAAGCAGCGAUGUCGUCACUUGCAAGGACCUCUACCGUGGAGUUCCGCACUGGGAACGAAGUCGAAAAUUCGCGGCCAUGCUGCAAAUGGCCAAUGAAGGCAAGCUCGAGAUCAUUCCUCCGCCGGAAGACUCGGAUCCGAUUGACAACUUCUCAGUUCGACCAAUAACUGAGAACCGAAUCCACUGCGCUGGAGACGAUGUCGACCCCUACGCUGUCUCUCAAAAGCGAUUCCGCGCGCUUUCCAGCCCAAAGUCUUCCGAUUCCCCGGCCCCGAAAAGGAAGAGCCUUCACAAACGAAAAUAG